CUCUCUCUCUCUCUCUCUCUCUCAAAAUAUCCGCAGGCUUGCUCCUCUCUCUCUCACUAAAUUUUCCGACGUCGGCGUCGCAAGUUUUCUCCCGGCCGAACUAUGGACUCUCUUUGGGACGUGCCUCACGUGACAUUCAAGGGGAUGGUGCUGCUUCUAAUAGCGGUUGCGACUGCGUUUGCGUUUGGUAUCAUAGAGUACGCCUUCCGACCAUUUAAACCGCCGCCGUCAAGAGUAUGUGGAGUAGGUGACGGCCCUCCGAUUACUUCUCCGAGGAUCAAACUCGGUGAUGGAAGGCAUUUAUCCUACAGAGAAACCGGCGUCUCCAUAGAAGAAUCUAAGCAUAAAGUCAUCAUCAUCCAUGGCUUUGAUAGCUCAAAAGAUCUCGAGCUACCCAUCUCUCAAGAACUUAUCGAGGAGUUCAAGAUAUACAUCCUACAGUACGAUCGAGCUGGCUACGGAGAAAGCGAUCCCUACCCUUCACGCUCUGUCAAAACCGAAGCAUACGACGUUCAAGAACUCGCGGAUAAAUUACACGUCGGUCCGAAAUUCCACGUCAUCGGGCUAUCACUCGGGUGUUACGCAGUUUAUUCUUGCAUCAAAUACAUCCCACACAGACUGGCGGGAGCUUCGUUGGUGGUUCCUGUCGUGAAUUAUUGGUGGAAACGUGUUCCGGGAGAUCUAUUGAGAGAAGGGUUUAGGUUGUAUAACUUGCAAGACCGAUGGGCUUAUAGAGUUUCUCACUAUGUUCCAUGGCUGUUCCAUUGGUGGACGAAGCAACAGUGGUUGACUCGGUCGUGUAUGAUGGCCGGAAACACUUACAUGUUGACUCCCGCUGACUUGAAGUUCUUGGAGAUUUGGUCGGAAAAUCCAAUCCCUCACAAGGAGAAGAUUCGGCAGCAAGGGGAGUACGAAUCCGUACAUCGAGACGUCAUGGUCGCGUACGGGAAAUGGGAGUUUGACCCCACGGAGUUGGAUGAUCCAUUUCCUAGUAAGGAAGGGUCGGUCCAUUUAUGGCAAGGCCUUGAUGAUAAGAUUAGUCCGCUUUGUGUUAACCGUUAUAUAUCGCGGAAACUGCCAUGGGUUAAGCUUCACGAGGUCCCGAGAGGUGGGCAUCUUAUGGUUUACGACCAGGAAAUCUGUCAAGCCGUUUUAAGGAUGCUUUUAGUUGGAUAGAUCAUUUUGUUUCCAUUGAGAAAUAAUUCACCUUAAGAUGAUGUUUAUAUAGUUCAACACAGUAUCGCUCCGAGUUAGAAUCUCAAGUUUGAGAAGGGAUAUAUACUUCAAAUCACAUACCUCCGACCUCGAGAUUAGUUCGG